GGUUUGUCGCUUAACGUCCCGAAGAUUCCUGGAACGACACACCAUUGACUUCAAGACUCUUUCAAUCCCUGUUUACGAGCUGGUCUCCGGCUCGACAUUGGCCCGACUAGCCCCGACCAAGAUCGUGAUGACACAUUGAUGCGCAAUCAACGCCACCGAUCUUCAAUAUGAAGGAUCUGUUCUUGGGUUUCAUGCACAGAUCGACCUUCAAUCUGAAGAAGUGAGGAUGGGGGACACCAGACUGCCAGAAGUCACGCAUUGAACUCGAGGCCUUUCGCAUCUUGCUCCUCUCGUGCCUACUCCCCGCAGUCUUUGCCUCUAGCGCGCCGUCGUCCACAGCGCAAAUCGUCGGUUUCAAGUUGAUCCCGAUGUACGCGGUCCGCUCGGACACGCACUAUGACGCGCACCUCUUGCGUCGUCCCCAUCCGCGGGCGUCGCGCACGAUCCCCAGCAGCAUAUAAACCCCUGCGCGGCCCACCGUCAGAACCCAGACAGACUCGCCCCUCCCCCUCCCCCUCGACACCCACCGCCCAUUGUCGCUUGAUCCCGCAAAAGCAUGCCAUCUGAACCAAUUGAAGCGGAAUUCGCCGACCCGCCGGCGCUCUCGGCCGAGCAGGAGGAGAUGUUCCGGCAGCUCGAAGCCGAGGGCUCACCCCGUGCGUCGCUGACGCGCGUCGGGUCCCCUGUCGGCGUGCUCCCGUCGAAGGAGGUCGACCCUCAUGUCGUGAUGUUUACGCCCGGCGCCGGUGAGGACCCACGUGAAUGGAGCUCGGGGCGGAAGUGGUAUGUUACGAUUACGACCGCAUUCCUAUGUUUGACGGUCGCGCUGGGGAGCUCGAUAGUCACUGGAGAUUUACAAGGCCCUGCUGCGAGCCUGCAUGCACAGCAAGAGGUCAUCAACCUCAGCGUUACAUGUUUCGUUAUCGGAUUUGGUGUCGGCCCCCUCGUGCUGGCGCCUCUUUCAGAAGUUUUCGGUCGCCGCCCGACCUACAUCAUCAGCAUGUUCUUCUACUUCAUCUUCACGCUACCCAGCGCGCUUGCCAAGAACUCGGCUACUUUGGUCGUGGCGCGUCAGAUCGCAGGUCUGGCUGCCUCUGCGCCGAUGUGUAACGUGGGCGGCAGUAUCACCGACAUCUGGUCAAUCGAGCAGCGAGGUAUUCCGAUGGCCAUGUUCUCCGUCACCGUCUUCUUGGGCCCGUGUCUAGGCCCCAUCUUCGGAGGCUGGAUCGGCGAGCGCGCAGGUUGGCGAUGGAUCUACUGGGUCCUGUUUAUCUUCACCGGCUGCGUCUUCGUGUUCACGCUCUUCAUCCCCGAGACCCUCGCUCCGAUCCUUCUUCAACGCAAGGCCGCCGCGAUGCGCAAGGAGACAGGAGACAGCAACUACCGGUCGUUGGCAGAGAUUGAAAAGGUUCCAAUCGGCCGGAAGAUGAAGGAUGCGUUGACGCGCCCCUUGGUCAUGAUGUUCAUGGAACCAGUUGUGCUAUUUAUGUCUUUUUAUCUCUCCUUUGUUUAUGCCCUGCUUUACUUGUUGUUCUUCGCCUUUCCGAUCGCAUUUGCUGAAGUUCGAGGCUUUGGAGGUGGCAUCACUGGCACCACGCUGGUCAGCGUUGCCAUUGGUAUUGCCAUCGCCAUGAUAUUCAUGCCGCGUCAAGAGAACAUUUACGCUAAAGUGACCAAGAAUGGGACUUUCCCCGAGGCAAGGUUGUACCCGAUGCUCCUGGGAUCCAUUACAUUGCCCUGUGCUCUCUUCAUCUUUGCAUUCACCGGAGGCUAUCGUUGGGUCAAUUUCAUGGGUAUGUCUGUUUCCCGGUGCGCCUCCGCCAACCCUGCUGAUGCAUGUAUCCAUUCACCAGGCCCGUGCGUCGCCGGCUCUAUCUUCGGCUUCUCGAUGAUCCUGCUCUACGUGUCCGCCAACUCGUACAUCGUCGACUCGUACUCCGAGUUCGCCGCCUCGGCGAUCGCAGCGAAGACGCUGAUGCGCUCGCUCGUGGGUGCAACUGUCCCGCUCUUCGUGAACCAGAUGUUCCACCACAUGGGCUUCCAGUACGCCGGCCUCCUGCUCGCGCUCGUCAGCGUCGUCAUCCUGCCGAUCCCGUUCGUGUUCUACGUGUACGGAGAGCGCAUCCGGAUGCGCAGCGCCAAGGCGAGCAAGCACAGGCGGGUCAGGAAGGACGUCGUCUAGUGGUCGCGGGAGAUAUAUCCGUUCGUCGGCGAAAUUCCGACACGCUGUAUCAAUGUUAUAAUGUUAUGACCAUAGUAGUAUCAUACCAAGCUUGUAAUAUCUACCAUCUAAUUCCAAUGCAUGGAGUCCUCUGAGCGUCGUCCGCUUUCAGUCCGGG